CCAAAAACGAAAUAUAAGGCCGGCUCCGCCGCUCGAAGCGUCAUUCAAUCGUAAACAAAGCGAAAGUGUGCAACUGAGUAAAAAGAGUUACCGGCUUGGUUACCAAGAGAAUUAUUUGUGAAAAUACAUUCCAACUCUCUUCAGUUUGUGUUAUAAAGUGAUUUAAAUCCAGUGAAGAUGUCUCUGUACCCGUUUUUCUUCGAUUAUGAGCAGCCACGCCCUAGACGAAUCCCUGACCAACAUUUCGGCUUGGGCUUGACACCUCAAGAUUAUUUAACAAUUAUCGCUGUUCCUCAAAUGAAUCGGGACUACUGCAGAAACUGGAGGAACCUCCAGGCAGCAUCCAGGGACGUCGGCUCAUCCAUCAAGGAAGACAAAGACAAGUUCCAGAUCAACUUAGAUGUCCAGCAUUUCGCACCGGAAGAGAUAUCAGUUAAGACAGUAGAUGGCUUUUUAGUAAUAGAAGCGAAGCACGAGGAGAAACAGGAUGAGCACGGAUACAUUUCGAGGAGUUUCACAAGGAGGUACGCUUUGCCCGAAGGAAUAGAAACCGAUAAUGUGAUCUCGAAACUGUCUUCAGACGGCGUGUUAACGAUUUCGGCACCAUUGAAAGCUCCACCCAAACAAGCGAAUGAGAGGGUCGUCCCUAUCGUACAAACAGGUCCAGUGAAAAAACAAGUUGAGGGCAGCAAGGAACAAUAAAUUACCUGAUAUAGUUGUUUUGACAAGUCACUAGGUUAUAUCGUUAAUUUUGCAUUUAAG